CGCCACUCGGAAGCGCGCCAAACGGCUGGUCUGUCUGUGUGAGGAGUGAAAUAUGACAGGAAGAGGGCGUGCAAGAGCACGUGGAAGAGCUCGUGGUCAACAGCAAGUUCCGCCCCCAGGACAGCCUCAGCCACAACCUCAGCCUCAGGGGGCAUGGGCAGCCCGACAGCCACAGGGACCUGAUCCUUCACGUCCGCCCCCAGCAGGUUGGCCAGGUCGCCCACCACAACAACCAGGACCUGUGCGUCCACAAGCACCAGAGCCUGCACAGCCAUCGGCAGCAUGGCCAGGCCGUCCUCCACGACUACAGCAGCCAGGAGCAGUGCGUCCACAAGCACCAGAGCCAUCACAGCCAUCAACAGCAUGGCCAGGACGUCCCCCACGAGCCCAACAACCAGGAGCUGUGCGUCCUCAAGCACCAGAGCCUGCGCUACCAUCAGCAGCAUGGCCAGGACGUCCCCCACGAGCCCAACAACCAGGACCGGUGCGCCCAGCCCACACACCACAACCAGCACAGGCACCACCUUCAGGAGCAUGGGCAGGAAGGCCUGCUCAACCACCUGGACCAACACAUGCUCCACAAGCAGCACCUGAAAAACCACCACCACCUGCAGAGCCAGAGUUUGUGGGACGUGGACGUCAGAGAGGAGCUGCUGCUUCUGCAAGACCAUCAGGGGAAAUGUUGCAGCUCUCUGCUGGAUUUCAAGAUAUAUCCCUUGGCGAGCGAGGAGGACGACGACGUGAUUUUCAUGAUCUUGGUGUAAAUACACGACAAGCAAUGGAUCAUGUCAAAGACUCUAAAACAGGAUUUAAUGGGAAGCCAAUUCCGUUAAGUACCAAUCAUAUCAGACUACUGUCACGUCCUCAGUGGGUCUUGUUCCAGUACCACAUUGACUUUAAUCCACCAAUGGAAUCUAGGCGCCUGAGAACAGCCUUGCUGUACCAGCAUGAGGAACUAAUUGGCAAAGCACGAGCUUUUGAUGGAACAAUAUUAUUUUUGCCUAGAAGACUUAAUAAGGCUACAGAAGUAUUUAGCCAAACCAAGAACAAGGAGAAUGUGAAGAUUACGAUUACUUUAACAAAUGAAUUGCCACCUACUUCACCAACAUGCUUUCAGUUCUACAACAUUAUCUUUAAAAGGCUUUUGAAAAUGAUGAACAUGAAACAAAUUGGGCGGAAUUACUACAAUCCUAAUGAUGCAAUUAACAUAAAAACUCACAGCUUAAAUAUCUGGCCAGGCUUCUCCACAUCUAUUUUACAAUACGAAACCAGCAUUAUGCUGUGUAUUGAUGUGAGCCAUAAAGUACUAAGGGAUGAAACUGUACAUGAUAUUAUGUCACGUAAUUUCGACCAGUAUGGAACACGUUUUCAAGAUGUCUCUGCUAAAGAAGUAGUUGGCCAAAUAGUCCUUACCAAAUAUAACAAUCGAACAUAUCGCAUUGACGAGGUCUUCUGGAAUAUGUCUCCACUAUCAACAUUUAAGAAAUAUGAUGGCACUGAUAUCACCUUUGUAGACUACUACAAAACGCAAUAUGGUAUUGUAAUUAAAGAUAUGCAGCAGCCAUUGAUUGCCAAUAUACCCAAAAAAGCAAAACCUGGAGAGCCAUGUGGACCACUGCUCCUGAUCCCAGAGUUAUGCAAUUUAACAGGUUUAACUGACAGAAUGAGAAGUGACUUUACUGUGAUGAGAGAUCUGGCUGUUCAUACACGUUUGCCACCAGAUCAGAGAGAAAAAACAGUGGGGAAAUUCUUGGAUUAUAUUCAUAAGGAUGAGGGAGUUCAAAAGGAGCUCCGUGACUGGGGUUUAAACUUUGAUACCAACCUCUUGAGGUUUAAUGGGAGAGUAGCUAAUCCAGAAAGGAUACAGCAAUCUGGUAGAUCAGUUGAUUACAAUCCUCAGUUUGCAGACUGGUCAAGAGAAAUGAGAGGACAACUACUUAGCGUGAGACAUUUAGAAUCAUGGAUUUUGAUAUACACCCGAAGAAAUUAUGAUGUGGCAAAUACUCUUACGCAAACAUUAGUUAAAGUAACCCAACCAAUGGGGAUUCGAAUUAAUAAAGCAAUAAUGAUUGAGGUUGAUGACUCGCAGCAUUCAUACAUGAGAGCUCUAACUCAGAAUGUUACACCUAAUACACAAAUGGUAGUGUGCAUCUUGUCCAGUAUUCACAAGGGUAAAUAUGAUGCCAUAAAGAAAUACCUAUGUGCAGAUGUUCCGAUUCCAAGCCAAUGUGUGGUUGCAAAAACUCUCAGCAAGCCCCAAACAAUUAUGUCUGUUGCUUCGAAAAUUGCUUUGCAGAUGAAUUGCAAAAUGGGAGGCGAGCUUUGGUCUGUGGAGAUGCCCUUACCAGAUGCAAUGAUUGUUGGCAUUGACUGCUAUCAUGACACUUUAUCUGGAAGAAGAUCUAUUGCUGCAUUUGUUGCCAGUAUGAACAAAGGCUUAACGAGUUGGUUUUCUCGCUGUGUUAUUCAGGACCAGAAGCAAGAAAUUGUGGACGGGCUGAAAGUCUGUAUGCUAGCUGCCUUGCGAGCCUAUGAGUCUGUAAAUAAUGCAAAACCAAAACGAGUCCUCAUCUACCGGGAUGGCGUGGGAGAUGGUCAGCUGAAGACACUUGUGAAUUAUGAAAUCCCACAGUUCAUGGAUUGUUUAAAAAGUCAAGAUAACCCCAGACUGACUGUUAUUGUGGUAAAGAAACGAAUCAAUGCAAGAUUCUUUGGAGUUUUUGGAGGUCGGCUGCAGAACCCGCCACCAGGCACAAUUGUUGAUGUUGAAGUCACCAGGCCUGAAUGGUAUGACUUUUUCAUAAUUAGCCAAUCUGUUAGAGUAGGCACAGUGUCGCCAACUCACUACAAUGUGGUUUACGACAAUGGAGGUUUGACACCAGACCAGAUGCAAAGAUUAACGUACAAACUCUGCCAUCUUUACUAUAACUGGCCGGGUGUGAUCAGGGUGCCUGCUCCUUGCCAGUAUGCUCAUAAACUAGCAUUUUUGGUGGGGCAAAGCAUUCACAUGGAGCCACAUGUAUCUCUGGCAAACAAACUUUAUUAUCUAUAGGA